AUGGAGAUACCUAUAAAAAACAUCAAUUUCUCUGUAAGACUGUCUCUGACGGCGUUAAGAUUGACAGGCUUUUGGGCGCCACAAGGUUUGGUGGGUACUGGGAAAUUGCUUUACAUCUUGUACGGAUUCGUUUCGUUUAUGUUUCUUUUAGGAACAUAUCUUAUCAUUCAAAUAGUGGACUUGUAUCUCAUAUGGGGAAACCUUCCUGCAAUGACGGCCACGUCGUUCCUUCUGUUCACGAAUUUGUCUCAGUCAAUUAAGAUAUUCAACGUAUUGGCGAGGAGGGAGAAAAUACAACAAAUUAUUACUGAUGCUGAUAUCAUUCUCAGGGGAGAAAAGAGUUCUGAAGGGCAAGCUAUAGUAAGAAGCUGUAACCGGGAGACAAGGUGGCACCAAUUUAUAUUCUUCAUUUUCACCUUCUUCACCAUCUUCGGUUGGGCGUCUAGUGCGGAGAAGAACAAAUUGCCUCUUCAAGCUUGGUACCCUUACGAUACAAGCAAAUCACCAGCAUACGAGUUAACGUAUCUCCAUCAGAUACUGGCUCUGUUUUUAGCCGCGUUCCUCAAUGUGAGCAAAGACACCCUAGUGAGCACACUCAUAGCGCAGUGUCGGUGCCGCCUGCGACUGUUGGGGCUGGCUUUGAAGAACCUGUGUAAUGAGAUGCAUCCUAUUGACGAGGAGACGUCAACCAGAGUAUCUCUCAAACCAUCUCCAUAUACGCUCAUGCUGUCGCAAGAACAGGAGGUGCUAGUCAAGAGGAGACUCGGUUGCUGCGUGGUCCAGCACCAGAAGGCGCUGGAGGCAGCCAACCAGCUGCAGCACUGCUUCUCAGAACCGACCUUCGUCCAGCUGGCCGUGUCCCUGGUUAUUAUAUGCGUGACAGCGUUUCAGAUGACCGCGCAAACAAGUAAUCCGAUUCGAUUGCUCUCGAUGUGCACCUAUCUGCUGAACAUGAUGUUUCAAGUGUUCAUCUAUUGCUAUCAAGGCAAUCAACUUUCCCUGGAGAGUGAGGAGGUGGCAGGCGCAGCGUACGAGUUCCCCUGGUACGCCUGCAGCGUGCCUGUGCGACGCUCCGUCAUCAUCCUCAUGAGGAGGUGCCGCCGCGUCAGCAAGCUCACGGUUGGCGGCUUCACCACGCUGUCUUUAGCUUCUUUCAUGGCUAUAUUAAAAACAUCGUACUCCAUGUUCACGCUGCUACAGCAAGUCGAUUCUAGAAAAACAACUGUUUCUUCCACCUGGUUUAUAACAACCGGUUACAGCGCUAUAUUAAGGAUCGACGUUACAUUAAAAGUUUACAUUCUAUCAAAAUUCAAAAUUGGAACUACAAACAUGAAGAUUUCAGAUAACAUUAACUUAUCUUUAAAAAUCACUCAGACAAUAUUUCUGAUGUUCGGGCUAUGGCGUCCACAAUAUUUGACCGGAUACCAAAAGCAGCUUUACAAUUGUUAUUCAUUACUAUCGUUGAUGUCUAUUGUUGGUACGUACAUCAUCGUGCAAGUCGGGGACCUCAUCCAGGUGUGGGGCAACGUGCCAUACAUGACCGGCACCAUCUUCCUGCUCUUCACCAACCUGGCUCUCGCCACUAAGAUGAUAAACGUCAUGUGGAGGAAGAAACUGAUUCAGCGUAUGAUGGCGGAGUCUAACCAGGAGUUGUCCAAUGAGAGCAGGCGCGCGGGCCGGUCCAUCAUUGAGAGUUACGAUGCCGAGACGACUAAGCAGUUGUGUCUAUACUUCUCACUGUCGAUGAUGACAGUGUUCGGCUGGGCGUCCAGCGCUGAGAAGAAUCAACUGCCCCUGCGAGCCUGGUAUCCAUACGACACAUCUAAAACACCGGCUUAUCAAUUGACGUACACGCAUCAGUGCGUCGCAAUAUUCCUAGCAGCAGUUAUCAACAUCUGCCUUGACACCGUCGUGACGUCACUGAUAUCUCUCUGCCGCUGUCGUCUGCGCCUGCUGAGCGUGUCACUCACCACUCUGUGCGAUGGACUCGACAUUGCCGAUCACGGUCUUUUGACCGCCGCGAGUGAGGCAGUGGCAAGCAGACGCCUGCGACGUUGCGCGCGGCGACACCAGGAUGUGCUGGCGCAGGUGAUGCAGCUGCAGAAAUGCUUCUCCACGCCCAUCCUGGCGCAGUUCUCUGUCUCCAUGGUCAUCAUAUGCGUCACCGCGUACCAGCUCGCCUUUGAGUCUACCAGUCUAGUUCGCGUGAUAUCCAUGGUGGCUUACUUGGUGGUCAUGAUGCUGCAGGUGUUCUUGUACUGUUACCAUGGCAACCAGCUCGUUGAAGAGAGCGAAGAUGUGUCCACUGCCGCGUACGAGUGUCCCUGGUACUGGUGCAGCGUUUCCCUGCGCCGCUCGCUGCUCAUCGUGAUGACGCGGACGCGUCACGCCGCGCGGCUGACCGCUGGUGGCUUCACACAACUCUCGCUCGCCUCCUUCAUGUCUAUUAUAAAGGCGUCGUAUUCCUUCUUCACUGUGUUAAAACAAGUAGAAACAUAAUUUGAAAUAAUAAUAAUAAUUUAUGUCUGCUUUA